GUCUAAAAAGUGAUUUUAUUUUAUUUUAUUUUUCACUCCAACAGUUUCAAGUUCACACAACCAACACAGCAGAUAGCAGUAGGGUUUUAAUCUUUACUCUUUCUCUACCCCCUUCUAUCUCUCUGUGAAACAAUCUGAGAGAAAACCAAAGAAAAGAUAAAGUCAAGCCAUAACCAAACAAGCCCUGGUAUUUCCACCCCCUUCUGUUCUUUGACCCAAAAAAAAAAAAAAAAAACCUAGCUUUUAACUUUCCUCUUAUUCAGUUCUUCCUUUACUUUCACACCACAUGCCAAGCUCAAAUUUUUAUUCCCAACCCUAGUUGCAGACUUCAAAACCCAUUUAUAAAAUGACUUAUUUGAGCUGAAUUUAACAUCAUGAUGUUCCCAUUCCAGGCCACUACAUUAUAGUUGAUGAGAGAGGGAAGCCAUGGAAGGCGAUGAGCAUCACGUGCUGUUGGCGUGCGUAAUUUCGGGAGCCCUUUUCUCGGUUUUAGGUUCGGCUUCCUUUUCUAUUCUAUGGGCUGUGAAUUGGAGGCCAUGGAGGAUUUAUAGUUGGAUUUUUGCCAGAAAAUGGCCGCAUAUCUUGCAAGGACCUCAGCUGGAUGUAUUAUGUGGUUUUCUGUCUCUCUCUGCGUGGACAAUAGUUAUCUCUCCAGUUGUGGUACUUAUUAUAUGGGGAUGCUGGUUAAUUGUGAUAUUGGGCCGAGAUAUAAUUGGUCUGGCUGUGAUAAUGGCUGGUACCGCUCUUCUGUUGGCUUUCUAUUCAAUUAUGCUUUGGUGGAGAACACAAUGGCAAAGCUCAAGGGCUGUUGCUAUUCUUCUUCUUCUGGCUGUUGCCCUUCUUUGUGCAUACGAACUUUGUGCUGUGUAUGUUACAGCUGGUUCAAAAGCAUCUCAGCGGUAUUCGCCUUCUGGUUUCUUUUUUGGUGUCUCAGCAAUUUCCUUGGCAAUCAACAUGCUCUUCAUAUGUAGAAUGGUGUUUAAUGGGAAUGGCUUAGAUGUGGAUGAGUAUGUGAGGAAGGCAUACAAAUUUGCAUAUUCUGAUUGUAUUGAAGUGGGUCCUGUGGCUUGUUUACCAGAACCUCCAGACCCUAAUGAGUUAUAUCCUCGACAAUCUAGCAGGGCUUCACAUCUUGGACUUCUCUACCUUGGCUCACUUGUAGUACUUCUCAUUUACUCAAUCUUAUAUGGUAUGACUGCAACCGAAGCACGUUGGCUAGGAGCGAUUACAUCAGCUGCUGUCAUCAUUCUUGAUUGGAACAUGGGGGCUUGCUUAUAUGGGUUCCAGCUCCUUAAAAGUCGUGUUGCUGCACUAUUUGUCGCUGGCACAUCUCGGGUCUUCCUUAUUUGCUUUGGGGUUCAUUACUGGUACCUGGGACAUUGCAUUAGUUAUGCGGUUGUAGCAUCCGUGCUAUUAGGGGCUGCUGUUUCUCGUCAUUUAUCAGUCACAAAUCCAUUAGCUGCAAGAAGAGAUGCCCUGCAGAGUACUGUUAUCCGCCUCAGAGAGGGAUUUCGUAGGAAAGAGCAAAACAGUUCAUCAAGUUCAUCUGAAGGUUGUGGCUCAAGCAUGAAACGCAGUAGUAGUGUUGAAGCAGGUCCUCUCAGUAAUGUUAUUGAGGCAAGCCACAGGUGCACAACACAAUGCCCAGUUGAUGCUAAUAACUGGAAUAAUGUUCUAUGUCGAACAGCAAGUUUGCAUGAGGGGAUAAAUAGUGAUAAGAGCUUAGAAAGUGGAAGGCCAAGUUUAGCAUUGCGUAGUAGUUCUUGCCGUUCAGUAAUUCAAGAGCCUGAAGUGGGAACGUCCUUUACCGAUAAAAACUUAGAUCACAACAACUCCUUGAUGGUUUGUUCUAGUAGUGGUCUUGAAAGUCAAGGCUGUGAAUCUAGCACAUCAAAUUCUGCAAACCAACAUACUUUAGAUUUGAACUUAGCUCUUGCCUUGCAAGAAAGGUUGAAUGACCCUAGGAUUACAUCUAUGUUGAAGCGAAGGGCGAGACAAGGUGACCGUGAACUGGCUAGUCUUUUGCAGGACAAAGGAUUAGAUCCUAACUUUGCUAUGAUGUUGAAGGAGAAGAGCUUGGAUCCAACCAUCCUAGCAUUACUUCAGAGAAGUAGUUUGGAUGCUGAUAGAGAUCAUCGUGAUAACACUGACAUCACCAUUAUUGAUUCCAACAGUGUUGAGAAUGCUUUGCCCAAUCAAAUUUCUUUAUCUGAAGAACUGAGACUUCAUGGGCAUGAAAAAUGGCUUCAAUUCGCCAGACUUGUUUUGCAUCAUAUAGCAGGUACCCCAGAGCGAGCAUGGGUUCUCUUCAGUUUUGUUUUCAUUGUUGAAACAGUUGUUGUGGCAAUUUUCCGUCCAAAGACAAUCAGAAUAAUUAAUGCCAGCCACCAACAGUUUGAAUUUGGCCUUGCGGUGUUGCUGUUAUCUCCUGUUGUCUGUGCAAUAAUGGCUUUUCUCCGGUCACUUCAAGCUGAAGAAAUGACUACGUCCUCAAAACCUCGCAAGUAUGGUUUUGUUGCUUGGCUGCUUAGCACUUGUGUUGGGCUGUUGCUUUCAUUCUUGAGCAAAUCAUCAGUUCUUCUUGGGUUAUCCUUGACUGUCCCUCUUAUGGUGGCAUGCCUUUCUGUUGCUAUUCCUAUAUGGAUCCAUAAUGGCUACCAGUUUAGGUUUCCCCUAUUACAAUGCGGAGGUCCGGAUGGGAACCAUCAAACCCCUGGAAGAAAAGAGGGCGUUGUCCUUAUCAUUUGUGUAGCAGUAUUCACGGCAUCAGUAUUAGCGCUUGGUACAAUAGUGUCUUUCAAGCCUUUGGAUGAUUUAAGAUACAAGGGAUUGACUGGAGAGCAGAAUGGCUUUAACUCUCCAUAUGCAUCAUCUGUGUACCUUGGCUGGGCUAUGGCCUCUGCAGUUGCUCUGGUUGUUACUGGUGUUCUCCCAAUUGUUUCAUGGUUUGCAACUUAUAGAUUCUCCCUGUCUUCUGCUGUGUGUGUUGGGAUAUUCACAGUUGUCCUUUUGUCAUUUUGUGGUGCAUCCUACUUGGAGGUUGUAAAGUCUAGAGAUGACCAAGUUCCAACGGAGGGUGACUUCCUUGCUGCUUUACUUCCUUUGAUGUGUAUUCCAGCACUGCUAUCUCUUUGCUCUGGGUUGCAUAAAUGGAAAGAUGAUGAUUGGAUACUUUCUCAUGGUGUAUAUAUCUUUGUUACUAUUGGUCUUCUUCUUCUGCUUGGUGCGAUAGCAGCUGUCAUAGUUGUAAUUAAACCUUGGACGAUUGGUGUGUCAUUCCUUUUAGUUCUUCUCUUGAUUGUACUAGCUAUUGGUGCUAUCCACCACUGGGCUUCAAACAAUUUCUAUUUGACAAGGACCCAGAUGUUUUUUGUUUGUUUCCUCGCUUUCCUUCUGGCUUUGGCAGCAUUUCUUGUUGGAUGGUUUGAAGACAAACCGUUUGUUGGAGCAUCUGUUGGUUAUUUUUCGGUAUUGUUUCUUCUUGCUGGGAGGGCAUUGACUGUUCUUCUGUCACCUCCUAUUGUUGUCUAUUCUCCAAGAGUUCUCCCUGUAUAUGUCUAUGAUGCCCAUGCUGAUUGUGGAAAGAAUGUCAGUCCUGCAUUUCUGAUGCUUUAUGGAAUUGCUUUAGCAACUGAAGGAUGGGGUGUUGUUGCAAGUUUGAAAAUUUAUCCUCCAUUUGCUGGUGCUGCUGUUUCAGCAAUUACCCUUGUUGUGGCCUUUGGUUUUGCUGUUUCUCGUCCUUGCUUGACUCUAAAGACGAUGGAAGAUGCAGUGCACUUUCUAAGCAAGGAAACCAUUGUUCAAGCUAUUGCUAGAUCUGCCACCAAGACCAGAAAUGCUUUAUCUGGUACUUAUUCAGCACCACAGAGGUCUGCCAGUUCAGCUGCUCUUUUAGUUGGAGACCCUACAAUUAUGCGUGAUAGGGCAGGGAAUUUUGUUCUUCCAAGAGCAGAUGUCAUGAAACUGAGAGAUCGUUUAAGAAAUGAGGAAUUAGUUGCAGGUUCCUGCUUCUGCAAAAUGAGGUAUGGUAGGACUUUCCACCGUGAGCCAACAAACGAUGUUGAUCACAGAAGAAAAAUGUGUGCUCAUGCACGGAUUUUGACUUUGGAAGAGGCAAUUGAUACUGAAUGGGUUUAUAUGUGGGAUAAGUUUGGAGGUUAUCUACUUCUUUUGCUUGGUUUAACUGCUAAGGCGGAGAGAGUGCAGGAUGAGGUUCGGUUGAGACUUUUUCUUGAUAGCAUAGGGUUUUCAGACCUAAGUGCAAAGAAAAUAAAGAAAUGGAUGCCAGAGGACCGAAGGCAGUUUGAGAUUAUUCAAGAGAGUUACAUAAGAGAAAAGGAGAUGGAAGAGGAACUUCUAAUGCAGCGACGUGAAGAGGAAGGGAGAGGUAAAGAAAGAAGAAAGGCUCUCCUGGAGAAGGAAGAACGUAAGUGGAAGGAGAUAGAGGCUUCUCUCAUUUCUUCUAUUCCUAAUGCUGGCAGCAGGGAAGCAUCAGCUAUGGCUGCUGCUGUCCGUGCUGUGGGAGGUGAUUCUGUUCUUGAUGAUUCUUUUGCACGAGAAAGAGUUUCAAACAUUGCACGCCGGAUACGCACUACCCAGUUAGCUCGUCGAGCUCUUCAGACGGGAGUUUUGGGUGCUGUAUGUGUUCUUGAUGAUGAACCAACGACAAGUGGCAGACAUUGUGGCCAGAUUGAUCCUGGCUUAUGUCAAACUCAGAAGGUUAGCUUUUCCAUUGCAGUGAUGAUUCAACCCGAGUCAGGGCCAGUUUGCCUAUUAGGUACUGAGUUUCAGAAGAAAGUUUGCUGGGAAAUCUUGGUUGCUGGUUCUGAGCAAGGUAUUGAAGCAGGACAAGUGGGGCUGAGAUUGAUCACUAAAGGUGAUAGACAAACUACAGUCGCAAAGGAGUGGAGCAUCAGUGCUGCUAGUAUUGCAGAUGGAAGGUGGCACAUGGUAACGAUGACAAUUGAUGCCGAUUUAGGAGAGGCAACUUGCUAUUUAGAUGGUGGUUUUGAUGGCUAUCAGACUGGUUUACCAUUGCGUGUGGGUAACAGUAUUUGGGAUCAAGGGACGGAAGUUUGGGUUGGUGUUAGACCACCUACAGAUAUGGAUGCAUUUGGGAGGUCUGAUAGUGAAGGAGCUGAGUCUAAGAUGCAUGUAAUGGAUGUUUUCCUAUGGGGAAGAUGCUUAACUGAAGAUGAGAUUGCUGCCCUUCAUGCUGCUAUUGGCUCAACUGAGUUUGGUAUGGUAGAUUUUCCUGAAGAUAAUUGGCAGUGGACAGAUUCACCGCCCAGGGUUGAUGAAUGGGAUAGUGAUCCUGCGGAUGUAGAUCUCUAUGAUAGGGAUGAUGUAGAUUGGGAUGGACAAUACUCAAGUGGGAGGAAAAGAAGGUCAGAACGUGAAGGGGUGUUGAUUGAUAUGGAUUCUUUUGCUAGGAAGUUUAGGAAACCUAGGAUGGAGACUCAAGAAGAGAUCAACCAGAGAAUGCUUUCAGUUGAAUUGGCUGUCAAAGAAGCCCUCUCCGCAAGGGGAGAACUACACUUUACUGAUCAGGAGUUUCCACCAAAUGAUCAUUCAUUAUUUAUGGAUCCGGAUAAUCCUCCCUCAAAGUUACAAGUUGUCUCUCAGUGGAUGAGGCCAGCUGAUAUCGUAAAAGAGAGUCGACUUGAUGUUCACCCAUGCUUAUUUUCUGGGGCUGCCAAUCCUUCUGAUGUUUGUCAGGGUCGGUUAGGUGAUUGUUGGUUUCUUAGUGCUGUUGCUGUUUUGACGGAGGUUUCACGAAUAUCAGAAGUGAUUAUUACUCCGGAAUACAAUGAGGAAGGGAUCUAUACUGUCCGUUUCUGUAUUCAGGGUGAGUGGGUACCUGUUGUUGUCGAUGAUUGGAUUCCAUGUGAAACACCGGGUAAACCAGCAUUUGCUACUAGUAGGAAAGGUUACGAGCUAUGGGUCUCCAUAUUGGAGAAGGCAUAUGCCAAAUUGCAUGGUUCUUAUGAAGCAUUAGAAGGUGGUCUUGUUCAGGAUGCUCUUGUAGACCUUACUGGUGGUGCUGGUGAGGAGAUUGAUAUGAGGAGUGCCCAGGCCCAGAUUGAUCUUGCGAGCGGUAGACUGUGGUCCCAAUUGUUGCGAUACAAACAAGAAGGAUUUCUACUUGGUGCUGGUAGUCCAUCAGGGUCAGAUGUGCAUAUUUCCUCCAGUGGGAUUGUGCAAGGGCAUGCAUACUCAUUACUGCAGGUUAGAGAGGUAGAUGGCCACAAACUUAUUCAGAUUCGAAAUCCAUGGGCCAAUGAAGUUGAGUGGAAUGGCCCUUGGUCUGACUCAUCACCUGAAUGGACCGAUAGGAUUAAGCACAAGUUAAAGCAUGUUCCUCAGUCAAAAGACGGCAUAUUCUGGAUGUCAUGGCAAGACUUUCAGAUUCAUUUCCGAUCUAUAUAUGUUUGUCGAAUCUACCCCCGGGAGAUGCGCUACUCUGUUCAUGGCCAAUGGCGAGGCUACAGUGCUGGUGGCUGCCAAGAUUAUGAUACAUGGCACCAAAAUCCACAGUUCCGACUGAGGGCUACUGGGCCAGAUGCAUCAUUUCCUAUUCAUGUAUUUAUUACACUGACUCAGGGUGUGAGCUUCUCAAGGACAGUAGCUGGUUUUAGAAAUUAUCAAUCCAGUCAUGAUUCAAUGAUGUUUUACAUUGGUAUGAGGAUACUUAAAACACGUGGCCGCCGUGCUGCUUACAAUAUCUACCUACAUGAAUCAGUUGGUGGAACAGAUUAUGUUAAUUCUCGAGAAAUAUCUUGUGAAAUGGUUUUGGAGCCUGAUCCUAAAGGUUACACAAUAGUACCUACAACCAUACACCCUGGGGAAGAAGCUCCAUUUGUUCUCUCUGUUUUUACCAAAGCAUCAAUAUCCCUGGAAGCCUUGUAGUUUAGCAGAGUUAGCUUUCCAGUUAGUUUUUCUCCUUUGGGCUGAGAUUGCAUAUGUGCAAAAUUUUGAGAUGCUGGGGCUGUAUAUGGCCGAGGUACACUUGCAGGCAAAUUAUGUUGGCUGCCUAGCCAUACACUAAAUCAUGAGAUGCAUAGCUGUGUUUGUCCAUUCCUGACAGGGUACACGCUGACCUUAUUCUCAGCUGCAAGGAUGGCCUCGGGGUUAGCCAUUUAUUCAAAGAGCAAUAACCACUCUAAUUUUGGAUUGACAUCGCGCCGAGAAGUGUGCAAGCUGCCAAUUUCAGAUGAGCGCUAACACCUUCACCCUAACACCUUCACAGACGAGGCUGCUACACAUGGAAAUCCAGCUUGUGGAAACUAGAAGACUCCACCUUAUUCCUCCUCUCUGUUAGAUCAUUUAGAUGUUGGCAUCAAGAGGGUGCUCGGUGGAUUAUAAUUGUACAUAAAAAUUGUCGUAUGGAGUAUAGGUUUCAUCAUGUAAAUGAGAGCAAAAGAAAGCAAUAGAAAAAAUAAUUAGUAACCUUUAGUUCUAGGGGACAAAAAAAGAAAAGCAAUGCAGCUGGGAUUGCGUGUUGUUUCAGCUGCAAUUUUGAGAUGCCUGUAAUUGGAACCAUGAAUCAUUUGUAUGUUACAUUUAUAUAGAAAAUUAUUUGUUUACUA